CAGAGAUGCGUCUAUUAGCAGUACAUCGAUGCGUGUGACGAUAACAGCUCGUAUGCACGAACGUCGACGUUUACUUCUGACCCAGCAACAAAGUAGUUUGAAACGUGCAACAACUUUCUACUUGGAUUGCUUUUGGCAAACGCCGACAUACCCAUUUUAGUUGUGGACCAUUUUUUUGGCCAGAGUCCAAGGCCAUUCUGUGUCCUGCGUUUACUGUAGUCAGACCUUUGUGUUUGUCUGGACUUGGCACUGCGCGUUCUACAGGGGAGCCAUGCUACCCCUAGGAUACGGAGUAAUUUUGACUGUGUUGGCAACUGGAGUUGACAGUGCAGCUUUACGGUCUGACGAGGUAUAUAGGGCGCCAUACAUAGGUCCAUCGAUGUUGAGGCCUUACGUGUCCAGUCCAAAAGUACACCAGAAACCGGUCAUGCCAAAGCACAAGGAUACGCAGUUCGUCAUGGAAGGAUUCGCUGAACUCGGCUCAAAGGCCGAAGCAAACAAUGCUCUAAUUAAGAAGCUCUUAAUCGAGGUUCAAUCCCUUAUCAAACAGAAAGCUGCCGCAGACAGUAUACAGUCCUACUUAACUUCUGAAGCCCCAUCAACAACUAACGCAAGUGACACAUCGACGACUGAUAAUGCGACUGUAAAAGUCGCUGUGAGCGAUGGUAGGAAGAGCACGUCUACUUUUGUUAGAAACUAUAAUGCUACAACUCAAGUGAUAGCCGAUGUUGCUCGUGAGGAUUGCGUUGAGAUGACAACAAUGGAAAAGACCGAGGACGACGCUGAGGCUUCCGCCAAGCCUGUUUUUGAGGACAACGAUGAUGUUAUGACAACCCCGAACUUCGUCAAUGAUGUCCAGAGCCCGACCGAGGUUCCUCGUGAGGACAGUAAUAAGGCUAUGACUACUGAAAAGCCUGAAGAUAUCGCCAAAGGCACGGCCGAGCUUGCUCGUGAAAACAGCGCUAAAGUGAAGACCAUUGGAAAAGCCAAAGAUGACAUUAAAAAUACUACUGAGGUUUCUCUUGAGAACAGCGCUGAAGUUACGACAACGGACCAGCUUGAGGAUGACAUCAAAAGUACGCUUGGUGUUGCUCGCGAAGACAGCACUGAAAAGAUCAUCACUGAAGAGAUCACCGAGGUGCUUGCUGAUGAAACAGAGUUCGACCCGACCCAGAGUGAAAACCAGACACGUUUCAGUGACGAGAGAGUGACAACCAUUGCAUGGAGUACUAUAGAGCUUCAUUCCAACACAGUGACCACAGAAGGCACUCACGAAGAUCAAACUGAAGAGGGCACUAGAAUAUCAAAAUCGACUGGUGUCGCUGUCGACGCUGGUUCUGUUAUGACGAAAUCUGGAGAAAUGCUUCACGAAGAUAAUAAUGCUAAAACUUCCACCGAUGUUCCACAAAUGUCGAAUGCCGUUAAUGGAAUUAACGCCACGGAAUCUAAAAAAAAAUAAAGGAAAAAAUUCACCUGAAGAUGCUCGUGAGGACGUCAAAGUGAACGAUGGCGACGCCGUGACUGCUGAUAACCCAGACAUCUGUCAAAGCUCACGAACGAACAGAGAGAGUACGAUGGCAACUACACAUUACGAGAUCGCCUACAAUUGAAGUUGUGUAUAGAGAAACUGUUAUGGACCUUUUGCCGGCUACAAACGUUGAGAUCGACGAUCCAGCUGAAGCUUCCACAAAAGAGGUCGAAUAGUAGCCAAUUUAUAGAAACAACAUUCCACUAUGUAAACUAUAUUUCGACGAUUUGUAAAUUUAUAGACCAGAUAAUGGAAAUUAUAUUCCAAUGAACGUCGUGAACAAUGACGCAUCUGAACACACACUUAUUACCACCAUAUGGGUUUUUUUGUAGAGUGCGUAUAAAUAAGGACACUGAAAUGGAAGUUGACAAACUUUCAUCGUAGCCAGAUCUGCUUAAUAUCAGCCUUGAAAUAGGCUAGUGCUUCCUGACAUAUUAAUUAGCUAGAUUAACUGUGCCUUAUAGCUGAAACUUUUAUAAAAACAAUGAAAGUGUAUCUUUGAGUAUAUCUCACAGCAUGCCUUGUUUCAUAACACACAUAUAUGCAGGUAGCUUUCCGGAAUAUAUACAGGGAAACUAUUUUAAUAUAACUUGUCUGAAUAAACA